GAUAGCAAAGUCAGCGACAGAAGUACUUAUUUUGUCUCUAGCAAAACGUGCAAAGCUGAGGCCGUCACAAGCAAAAUUGAGGGAACAAAAGUGCUAUUACAAAAUGACGAGAGCAUAACUGAGGUAAAGAACUUUACUAGGGUAUUAGAGCAUAGUGAGAAUUUCAAGAAAACCUCACGGGUACUUAAAGAAAAGAAGGAACUCUCUGCUGAGAAGAAAUUUAAAACUCCUCCUGGAAGAAGAAACAACUUAGUACACAGCACAGGAUGCAAUUUGUCAGGCACUGAAAAUAAUGCCACAAUAAUUGCAGACGAUGAUGAACUCAUCCCUCCUACACCUUCACCAGCGGCACAGCACAGCUUUAUAAGCUUUCAAGUUCAAAAGGAAGGCUUGCCAAGAAAUAUUCAACACCCACAGAACUCUCCAGAUUUGUUUGAGGACAAAGCAGUUGUCACCAAUAAGUCAAAGAAGUUAGGAACAAGUACAAAGUCAAGUAAGGUGUCACAUGGUGAAAAGACCAAGAAUGAAGUCAAUGAUCUCUUAUCUACUGGAAAAGCUGAAUCAAAUAAUUGUUAUGUUAGAAAGGAGGAAUUAGAAAAAAGUGGCAUUACUUUAUCAAAAAGUACCUUUAAUUCUGCUAAGGCAUGCAACAACAAUGAUACACAUUUGGGGACUGAUAUUUCAUCAAUGCAAACCACAAGCAGAAAAAUGUAUAAGCUGUUGAGAAAAGGAAGGGCACCAAAGGUAGUUUCAUCCGCAGUAAAGAAACAUGAUGUCUACAGUGGAUCAGGCAUAAAAUCUCCUCAAAUUAAUGAACCACUGCAGAAAGGAUCAGAGUCGUCCAAUCACAAGAUAUCAACUCCUGUUAUUGUUCCUUCAAAAUGUGUUGUUCUGAAGUCAAGAAUGAAAAGAGCAGCAACAAAAGGAAGCUCCCCAUUACAGAAACGAAUGCAGACAGAACUGUCCCCAACUGUUAAGGUAUUGUAAAUUUUUAAAAAAAUAUCACUCAAUAAUAAUAAUUAUUAUUGGCAUGUGCCAUAAUCAUCAUCAUCAUCAUUAGAAUUAGUAUGUAAGUACCGCUUCGCAAUUAAGUUGCCACUCUUUUGCAAGACAUGACUCUUAUAUUAAAAGUUGCAAUAGUUCAGUUGUUUCACAAGAGAGUUAGAAACAGACUGUAAGUUUGUAUACAUAUAUGCUUUUGUUCUUUGUAGGAAUGUCUGAUGUUGAGAACAAAAUUACUCCCAAAAUUUUCACUUUAUCACAGAUUUAUUAUGUUUAUUCAGAUUGUUAUAACCAUCCCUUAAGUCAGUAACUGAAUUUCGGGGGCCAUAGAUCAGAGAUCAAUCACAUCAGGACUAAGAAUUGAUAACUGAGAAUACAUGUGAGCACAAGAAAAAAAGAGCUUUAGUCAACCUGUUAAUUCUCUUUAUACUACAUUGUAAUUUGUCUGUUGAAGCAUCAAAAUGUACCAUCAGCUAAAGCCUCAUUUCCUUGCAGAAUGCUGCAAAACAUAAUCUUUGGGAGAAAUUGGAUGAAUGUACAGAGGGUAACAACUCUGAGGAACAAGUGGUAAAUGUAACUCCGAAUUCUGAACAGUACAUCUCUACAAAUAACCAUACAGAGGAUAAGAACAUGAUAGAAGAAUACAUGAUGGACACUUCCUUGGCAGAUAGUCCACUGAAUGAAAAAUUGCUGGAAUCCCUACAGUCAAUAAUUGACAAAGAAAAGUGGAACCAGGAAGAGAUGAUUGUUGAUAACAAUGAAAAUGACAUUGGGGAAUGUGUGACAACUGCAACUGAAAAAAGGGAUGAGCAAGUUAAAUCUCCAGACAAAAAAGAGAACCAUCAGAAUUUUGGAAUAAAUGCUGGUACCAAUUCUGGUGUGGAAUUGAAAAGCCAUGUAUCACAGCAGACACCUUCAAAAGUGAUGAACACAUCAGUGGACAGUCUUGUUGAUGCAGCAGAAUUGGAGAGCUUGUUGGAUGGAGUAGAGUGGUCACCAUUGAUCAGCAUUCCUGAUAAUCAACAUAGUUCAAGGUACUAAUAAAGGCGAGAUUAAAUUGAUAUGGAAGUAGUGUAUCUGAUCUUAAUGCUGCUUUUCACUAGCAAAAGAGUCAGAGUCGAAAUCAUAAUCAGAAGUGUGGAGCAUUUUGACCUUGGCUAGGGAAAACUACACUGUUUUGACCCCUCUAACGACUCUGUUGCUUAAAAGCAGAAGUGGAAGGACUAAGCCGGUCAGAAGUCAUGGAAACAAGCUUUGUGAUUAGUUUAAACUUUCUUUUCUUCUUCCAACUCCAAUAAUCUGGUUUUCACUAGAUCAAUGAACAUGGAGCUGUAAGCAGAGUAGUUAAAAAGAGAAACAACCUGAUACUUCGGACUCUGAUUAUGUCAGGCUUGUGACUCCGGACAGUUAUGAUAGUUAAUAAUUUUCACUAGGUCAUGAGUGUUGUUACAGAGCAGGACACCCUCUUACAGUCCCAACUCCAACUCCUAAACUAGUGAAAACCAACCUUUAAUCUCUUUUACCAUUCUACAGCAGAAACAGUUCAUGCAAGGCAUUAUUCUCCCCUUCCAAAAACUUUGAACGAGCUGCUUCAAUAUCUAGCGAUCUUCAAAACAAAUGUUCUCUCACUGGAAGUAGGAGAAGUAGAAGCUACAGUCGCUUUUUGGUUCUGGAGGUCUCCCGCAGAGAGGUGCUAGAUGACGAAGCGAUGACUAUGUAUGGGAGAAAAUUGUCAGAAAAAGUGCUUCGGCUUUUUGAUGAGACAGUUAGUCAAGAAAGAUUUUGCAGUCUGAGGGAAGACUGGGAGCCAAGUGAAGUUGAGCCUGGUGAUGUUGUGCAUUUAACAGGUAUUCAUGAUUUUCUUGGAUUGCUAGUGUCACUUUGAGGAAAGUCUGGUCUAUACAGUGUAGUUUGAUGACUUCUCCAUAUUGUUUGUAAUUACAGGAACAUUUGACCCAAAGACAGGAAUGUGCAUCCUUGACAAUUCAGCAGAUUACUACCUCGUAGUUCAUCCGGAUACUUUAGUCUCUGGAACUACUGUUGCUAUGGCAACUAAGUGUCUGCGUCAAAGCAUUUUCAAUGAGCGAUUUUGCACAGAAGACCAGAAUGAGGCAAUGUUGAUUGGAACAUUGCUUCAUGAUCUGUUUGAUCUAGCCAUGGAAUGUCAAGGUAAGCAUUCCAAUAACACCACUUGCUGAAUGAGGACAGGUAGAAGCCUAGAACCUGCAGUGAGCAAAUUCCUUGUACUUGUGUCAUGGCAUUUUCACUAACCAUUUUAUUUUUACAACGAUUUUGGUGUGAAUUUUGAAUAUAUAUUUUAAUUCUCACUAGAUUUUUUAUUCCUGGGAGAGGGUAUCUGUACCAGUCUGCAAAGCCUACAGACCUGAAGAUGAUAUUUUUGACUUUUCAUUCUGUUUAGUUUUACUUUUUCAUCUCUUAUACUUCAGGGGGAAAAGUGCUCUAAAAUGUAUCUAAAAAUAAACUGGUCUGUGAUGACGCCAUGACAUAGGCCCAGUAUGGGAUUUGCUCUCUUCAGGUUAUUGUCUCUUGGGACAGGUAAAGAGUUGAGUGGUGAGGAUGCUCCUCCAAGGGUAGUUUAUGGUUGUUCCCAAUGGCUGAAGAAUAAAAACCAUGGAAAGUGUCCAUUAAGAAUGUUACCUAGCCUUAGGUACUGCACAGCACCUCUUAAACUAUCCACCCUUGCGUGUGUAAGUAUGUACAUCUCUGAUUCCCCUGUAAGUAUUAUAUGGACUUGCCCACUAGAAUCUGCCAGAGCGCUUGAGUUGGUUGUUAUCAACACAUAUUUGAGCAUCCUCAGAGACUCUCUAAAAAAUUUGUCACAAAUAAAAUUUAAACGAAAAUAGGAGAAGAAAAGUCUGGAAAAAUAUUGAGCUGCUUAAUUCCCAUCUGGACCCUGUGCAGUAAAUUUGGCUUCCAGUAGCAGAGAAAUACACGUCGAAAGUAACAGAUAAUCUUUUCUAAUAUUACAACAAAUUGUUUACACCAAAAGAGACUCUUUUGAAGUUGUCAGAUUUUAACUACUAGUACAGCUUGCUACUCCCAUUUAAAGUUUGACAUGAAUUUGGCUUCAAACACAGUUUUGUACAGUUAAUUAUUACAAAUAUGAAAUGUGCAAGGGCUGUGCUUCAGCAGUGCAACGCAGUGACCUAGGCUGGGCACCUUACUUUGGUCUUGGACUACUAGGAGAUACCUUUUUUCCCCCAAUCAUCUGCUAUGCACCUUCGAUUUCAAAGGUUCAGAGGACUGGGCACUCUUCAACAAUUUUUUUCUUAGUACCUUUAGCCUUGGUUUCACUUCUGGGUUUUCUCCAAGGGAAGUGUUGACCAUAAUAUUACGCUUCUUUUAUAGAAUUCACACCUGACGUUCUUUUGAGGAAAGCCUGUGAGCUUCUCCACAAACUCUCCUACUUGGAUGAUCUUUACAGCUUGGGUCAAACAGAAAACUGGGCAUUGGAGAAACUUAAGGAGCAUAUUCCGCUGCUAUGUGACUGGGCCAAGAGAUUUGUGGCUCCUUUUCCCCACCCUGAUUUUGGGACCAUGGAUUUUAAGACUUCUGAUAAUCCACAUGAUUCUGAGCAACCCAGUGUGUGUGUAUCAGCGCUAAAGGACAUUGAAGAGAACAUCUGGUCACCGAGAUUUGGAUUAAAGGGUAUGCAAAUUGCCCAUUUCCCUGUUGUGUGGAAAAAACAGCUACUCACAAAGCUGAAUGUCCAUAGUAUCCCCCUGGUUGUCAAGAAAUUGAAGUAACCUAAAAUGUUAAGUUGACUGUAAUGGGGUUUUGCUAAAAGUAGACCCACGGCCCAAGACCCGUGGCGGCCCGGUGAAAACCGACAAUUGCAUAGGGAAUCAAACGUUUUGAACUGGGCAACAUGCAACAAACAGACAAAAAGAUUUGAAUGGAUUAAAAUGAUUAACGUGGUAAACGAAUUCAAACACAUCGUCUUCCAUUUUUCACGCUCGUACUCGUUGCAUAUCUUUGGAUGCGCGACUUCUUAAGAAGUCAAAUGAUUUUGAAAGUUAUUAAUUUUGGACGUUGGCAUUAAAAAAUUCAUUGUGAUGUACGAGAGGGGUAGAUCAUAUUUAUGAUUGCUUAAAUGAUAUUUAUACUGACGUACGGUAUUGCGUUAGGCAAGGUUGAUGCCACAGUUGAGGUGAAAAUUGACAGAAGAGCCAAAAUCAAACGACACAGGCCUGAUACAGGAAAUCAAGUGCAAACACAGGUGAUACCAUUGGAGCUGAAAACAGGAAAAAUGUUCACUAAACUUGGUAAGUUUCAACACUUAAGUGUUUUGCAAGUUUUUUCAGUGACGUUCACAUUAGUACUUUUCCCUCCUCCACUACCACAUUUCGAUAGUUUUCCCUCCACCUCCCACACCUGAAACCUGCCAAACCGGUUAAACGACCAAAGAAUGGCACACAAGCUUAUCUUAAUGAGAUUCUCUCACAUUAUAUUCAUGAGAUAAAGACAAGCGGCGAUGACCUCAUCGGCGUUAAUGUUUUCCUGUGCAAAUUAAUGAGAUUCCUGCUCAAAAAAGGGGUUAAUUCGGUGCACAUUAGACUACUAAAUUCAGACUUUCUGCUACUCGGUUGUCCGAUUUUGUUAAUCUUGUCUAUUAUUACAGACCGAAUUGGCCCCGACUCAGUCUUAUUAUGGGGAAUUUGAGUUGAAAACUCUUACUCGUUCCCCAGUCUGACGGUUCCUGUUACUUCUACAAGCCGAACAUUUUGGCUGAAAAUUACUUAUAGACUUUUUCCGCACUUUGAUCCAGUGAACAAACAUUAAGAAAAAGGCUCUCAAUGGGGUGAAGGCUUUUCACGAACAUUUUUUGCUUUUCAACGGUUAACGGUCAAUUUCUCUCCGUUGAGUUUAACAGAUAUUUGAAGAAUCAAUUGUUUUGAAAAGUCAGUAGUUUACGGUAUUUAACUCUUUCAUUAUAAUACUAAACUGUGUUAGUGUUUUUUGUUUUAGGUUCAGUUGAGCACAGAGCGCAAGUUAUUCUCUACACUCUACUCAUGUCUGAUCGUUACUCUCACUCCGUUGAUGCUGGCUUGCUGUAUUACAUGAAAACAGCUCACAUGCUCGGCGUGCCUGGCUUUCUGUAUGAAAAGAGGGCUCUUGUGAUGAAAAGGAACGAGGUAGCACGUUACUUGACACUCAACAGGGCUGGGACAACAGGCACAAUGCCAGGUGAAUUAUGUCUAUAUUUCGUAUUUUUACAACGUAGAUUAAGCACCACCCUCAAUCAAAAUUCCGUGAAAAGUGGGGCUUCUAAUCAAAGGGGACGCUGUGAAGUAUUUCCUUCAACGAACUACCUUUGUACUCUUUUUGAGGCUAAAUCAGAAGUCUACAAGAUGGUGAAACCAGCGAUAAACCUUGAACCGCCUCAUUUGGAACCAAUAUCUUUACAAUCUUCUUGACUUUGUACGUUGAAACGGAUGCAGAAGUUGUGAAGGGCGAAGAAAUCUUUCCGACGGGGUUUGGCUGGCAAAUUAGAAUGAAAAUAAUGAAUAACUUGCCAUGCUUCUCAUUUUCACUUCUUUUUAGACAUUUUUACGCGCCUUGGUACUUUUGUAAAAUCUUUCCUGGGAGAGUGAAGCCUUUCAAAGGGUAAACGUGGGGACGUAUAGUGAACAGAACGUGUAGAAACGAAACUGAAUAAAUUGCAGAGCUUAAACAGGUUUUCGUGCCAAAGAAUGACUGUACUGUCUGGUAGCAAUCUGAGUAUUAGCAAAACUUAUGCCAUUUUUAUUAUUAUUUUGCUCUAAGCCCAAGCUUUUAAUUAUUAAUUUUAAAUCAUUCUGUAGCUAAAACGAACGACAACUCAAGAGAUCAUUUAACUUUAAAUCCCUAGCAAUGUUAAAAGAUGUCAAUACGUGCCGACGUUGUUCUCAAGCACAAAACUGCACAGUGUUCCACAAAGCAGUUGAACAGGGAGAUGGCGUGACCAGCGGACUGGGAUCAUUUUUUAACGAGAUGACAGACCACAUGACUAGGACCUACGUAAACUAUUUUACAGACUGGUUUAAACUGGUUUGUCUCGAAGGCAAAGAGAUGGAAGAAAAGAGGACUCAACGGGAAAUUUGGUGUUUAGAUGGAUGGGAUAGGGAGAAGUUAGGCCGCUGUUUCAGUAGCAUGGUGCUCAGAACGUGUGAUCACGACCCGAUGACAAGCAGUAGUCGCUAUUGUAAACAUGUAUUUGAACGGGCCUUGGAUCAUCCCAGUUCGAUACCUUUGCAGGAUGUACCUAUCAGCGUCGGAGACAGAGUGAUUUUGAGUGAAGAGCAUAGUGGGGCCGUAGCUCUUGCUGCAGGUACAUGGAGUUUGUGUCCCAUUGGCCAGUUUGAAAUUAAGCGCGAGUCUGGGUCGGAUUGUGUUGCAUUGCAUUAUGGGAAUGUUUUAAAGACGCUGUCGCUUCUUUCAUUAGGGAGCUUUAGCAUCGACUGCGGCGACGGCAGAGAAAACGUCAUGAAUUUGCUCCUUUUCAAACUUUGUCCUGUUUAUUUCAAUUCGUUCAAAAAGCCAAAUGUAGUUGAAUUUCCCUGGAGUUCAAUUAUUAGAGACUGCAGAAAAGUUUAGAAAGAGAAAGAUAAGUUCGCCGUCGUUUGUUUGCGUCCUCCAUUAAACGUCGCAUGAUGGAGUCAGCGGGAACGACAAAAAAUUGUACCAAAAAGUGUGCUGGACGUGCUCAGUUGUUGCUUAUUAAACCUAUUGCUUAUUUUAAGUUCUCAUUGCCGCCUUCGUGCUCGUUACUAAAGCUUCCUAUAGACCCUUUUACCGAUACGGCGGCCAUAUUGAAUUAAUUCGAUUUAAGGAGUAUUAUAGGAUGCCCAGGGAGCAUGAGCACAUUUCGUUUGGGGAAAUGGGAAAAAAGAUCCUUGUGCCGUGUUUGGAUGUAAUAAUGAUCGCCUUUUUUUUAGUUUAGUAUUAGAAAUAUGGUCUUUCGCUGUAUAUUUCUCGGGAAAAAGGCGAUCAUUAUUACUUCGAAACACGGCACCAGGAUCUUUUUCCCAUUACAAUCUCAUUCUAAGAAAACUUUAAGAAAAGAAAUGUGCUCAUGCCCCCUGGGCAUCCUAUAAUACUCCUCAAAUCGAAUUAAUUCAAUAUGGCCACCAUAUCGGUAAAAAGGUCUAUUGGCUGUUAGGGAGUUACGCGGGGAACUGGGUCAACAUUUCUCCCCAAAACAGUCCCAAAAUAUAAUUUGAUGCUACACUGACCCAGUAGCACACGUUCGAUAUAUCAUAACAGACCAAUUCCGAUAUAUUAAAAUUCAUACUUGGCGGCGAGGUUUGGGGGAAUAAAACAAAAGAAAUCAUCUGGAGGCUCAGUAAUGAAUAAUACAUUUUUUUUGUUUGUUUCAUUCCCCUAAGCUUCGGAGCCAAGUGUGAAUUUUAAUAUAUCGAAAAUGGUCUAUUCUAACGUGACUCUUGUUCUUUAGGGACAAAGUUGCAAAUUCUUCAAGACUUAAGGUGAUUCCCUAGUAAAAGAACCUAACAUAGAUUGUAGAUGAAACUUGGUACACUGAUGUAACAAGUCAAGAAGAUGAUAAAAAAGCAAUAAAAAGUGGGGGUCACCGCGCUCGUUUUGACGUCACAAUGCUGACAAAUACGGCUAUUUAGGAUCCUUUUACAAAAACCGCGGGCAGCCCAAAACUAGACAAAAAGGAGAGAUUUUGUCGAUGAUGCAUGUGGUAUCGCAAAGAAUUUGACUUUAAUGUAUUGUUUAUCCACUUAUGUACCAGAAAAAUGCCUUUUAAUGCCCUUGUUUUUACUUUACGCUCCAAAGUAGAAUUAAAUUGGACACGCGCUCUUCGACCCGUGAUAGCUCAAUCCGUACAAUUUAGUAAAAUUGCCAAAAAACUGAACAUAGAUUUGUGCCAAUUUUUUUUUCAUCGAAAGGAAGCACUGUCCUUAUUAAAAUCAUGAAAUGAAAAAUGGGGGUCACCGUACUCGUUUUUGCGGUAGAGCUGCAGAAAGAGCGCACCAAGUGGAUUUUCUCCGAUUUUUGAGAGAGGACUGGGGCGAGUUUCAAAAUAGAAUGUAUGUGAAAGAGGGAAGAAAGUAUUAAAAAAUCCGUUUUUACAGAAUUUACAUCGAGAUAUCACAUUUAGGACACAAUGUGAUAAAGAAAGCGUUUAAAUGAAAAUCAAAGUGAGUAAGCACAAGUUCAACAUCCACUAUCGAGGUCCUCCGUAAGGAAGUCGAACUCAGCAACACGCAUACUGCUUACGUUAUGCACAUUUCCAACACAUUGAGUCUCACCUCGGCAAGAAACAACCACAAGCAAAAAUUCCAAUGGCGUUUCUCUUCAGUCAACUUCAUUUUAAUAAUGUUACUUCACAUGCUCUUUUUUACGUCGGCCAUCUUGUUAUGCGCCGUAAGAGAUGCGCAGUGCAAAACCAGGGAAUCACCUUAAUUGUCUUGCAAUUUCCAGAAGAGACUCGAGCACAAAGAAAACCAAGCCAAAUGUAGAAAAUAACCAGAAAGUCUGGGAGUCAUAUCAGAAUUUAAAAUAUAUCGAACGUGGGCUAUUCAAAAUAAUCAAGAGGGCUGCCCAGAAAUAUUUAAUAUAUUUGGUCAUUAUUAUUAAUAUUUUGAGUUUACAGAAUCAUUUUUGAUGUUAUUUACUUUUGCUAUACAGGUUACAUCCAUGAAGUUAAAAAGGAGGAAGUUAUUGUAUUAUUGGACAGAGACUUAAUGAAAAGGUAAACCUAAUAGCAUAGUACCCCUACUUACCAAUUAAAGAGAUUCGUUAAAUCGAGGUUCCACUGUAGCUGAAGCACGAAACUAAAGUAUUUCAGCUUCUCUCUACUCGCUGAUUAAGGCGCGAGGGACGUCGCUUUUCGUGAAAACACGCGACGCGCGAGAUGAAAAUGCUAUGUUCAUACGCGCUCGCGUGGCUUGCCUUCUACUAUGAAAGUGAGGCAAUGCUUAUUACGUCAGCUUUCAUGAAACAGGACCCGUGCAGCUACGAUAGGACGCUCUAAAAAUCACCUCGCAUUGUUUUCAAAACUAGGUAUGAUAACCAAACUGAAGAAACACGCUCGAGAAUCUAUCGCCUGGACAAAGAUGACGAGUACAGUACGCUAUCCACCCUCUGGUCCAAUAUUGCGAGGCUUUUUAAAGGUGAUUCAGAAAGAGACGCGCAACUGCGACGACAAAUCAUUGACCUGGAACCACCUGUGUUUUCAAGAAAAAGAAGAAAUGACACCGUGGCCAUGUCAAGUCAGACAUCACAAAUCACGGACUACUUCUCGCAACAGUCACCGUGAGUUUCAUUUUGUCCCAGUAAAUAAAGGAUUAAUUCGCAACAAUGAUAACCCAAGUCUUUUUGUAAGCGUGAUUUCAAGAGUUUGCAGAAAACAAAGAAGAUUUGCAGAAAACUCUUGCUUUGCGCACGCGCGCUAAUUUCUCUUGCUCUUCCCUUCAAACUUAGAAAUUUAAAGGAUAAGAAACUGUAGCUACUUUUUACUGCGCACAUGAGAGUAAGAAAGAAAAUGCAAUGGUGGGUUAGAGUUUUCGUCUUGAAUUAAUGCGAAUAUGCCCUUGAAGUACCGGGUCCAACACUCGCCUAUUAAUUAAUGCUUGGAGCCUUCUGGUCGGUUUCCCUACAACUGAUGACAUUUGGAUUUGGACUUUCAGAUGUUGAUUUGAUUAUUAAGAAUAUUCAGAGGGCGUAUUCUAUCUUCGAAUAUGCCCCAGUCACCCUUAGUUUUCACCUAACUAAGAGAUCAACGCCUCUAUUUCCUUUCAAGUGUAGGCACUAUUUAUAGCUAAGAUUUUAUCUUGUUUGUAGCUCUCAAAGCAACAGAAGUCAGAAAGUCCAGACUGAUCCCGCUACAGAGGUCAUUCUUCAGGAACUGAACACAGAUCAGCGUAAGGCAGUGUCCAAAGCAUUGUGUGCACACCAUUAUGCUCUGGUUCUUGGUAUGCCUGGUACGGGCAAAACGACAACAAUCUCCUGUCUGGUCCGCGUGUUGGUAGCCUGUGGUAAAUCUGUUCUGCUAACCAGUUACACACAUACUGCUGUAGACAAUAUCCUGCUUAAGCUAAAAGAGGUUUGUGUCUUCAGUGCUGUUGGCUUAUCAAAGAACAAGUUUUUCUUUUGAACAGUCUGUUUUUAACGUGCAUUUUUUCUACGUACCGGUGAGUACGAGAGUUCUCUCAAGCUACGGUAAAACAAACGUGCCACUUGUUUUGCAACGUUGCUACAAAACGAGUUGAAUAGCGAUGUUGCGCGUUUUACCAACCACGGUCAACCAUGUCUUACAACAAACUGAGGUUGUUACUAGUUGCGUGAACACUGUCGUCUGAUUAGAUUAAAUUAUGCGGAAGUCACGCCAUAUGGGGGAGUUACGUCACUUGCUGCAAAAACAAGUUUGCCUUGGGCCGGUGAAACACGCAACAAGUACAGAUUUUGAUGCAGAAAGGAGUGCUUUCUACUUUCUGUAAUAAUCUGAUUUGUUGUAAGCAGCCAGGUUGAUUCGUGGGUGGUAAAACAAGCAACAUCGCUAUUCAACUCGUUCAGUUUUGCAGCAAUGUUGCAAAACAUGCACAUGUUUGUUGCCCGCUAUACCGCACCUUUAGGUUCUGGAGCACGAGUGUGUUAGGUUCCAGAGACUUGUCGUGCGCGGUGUCCGGUUUCUGUCAAGUCUUAAAAGUGACCCGAGGGGGUUUUAAGAGUGCAUCCUGCUUGUUCAAUGAGAAUAUUUGUUAAAUAGGGGGCGAUAAUACGUUAAAGCACGCAAAGCAAACCCCUUAAGGUAACGUUAAGAAUCGUGAGAUUAUGUUAUUGAGACGUUGGGCUGGUGAGUCUUAAACGCGGGUGGUGGAAGAAAAAUAAAAAAAUCUCUAACCCCUUCUUUUCGGUAGGCAAAAGUGGAUUUUCUCCGGCUUGGUCAAGUGCACAAAAUUUUACCUGAAAUACAGUCAUACAGUGCUCAGCGAGCGGCAGCUGGUAUCAAGACUGUCAAUGAACUUAAGCAAUUCUACGAAUCUAAGGUAACAAAUAUGUUCACAAAGAUUAGCAUUUGAUCCCCUUGGACACCUUAUGACGUUUACACAUAAAAGUAUUCCUUAUCGCGUCCGCACUACAUAUCUAAAAUACAGGGGAAGCCGAAGCGAUAAGGAAUAUCACGUUGUGUAAACUACAUCAGGUUUCCAAAAGGGUUUAAACCGGUGCUAACCGUUCACAAAAUAAUUAAAACGCAGAUAGCGGGCUUUGGGAAAGAACCCUCAAAGGUGGUUGUACUUAUCAGCAAUGGAGGCCUGCUAUCACAAAGUCGAAAUUAAUGUAGUUGAAUAGAGAGGAAAAGUGUUACGUCACGUUACCAUGGUAGCAAAAUUUCCAGGCCCAUUGUUCGAAGGCCGAUUAGCGCUUAACCCAAGGUUGAAUUUAACCCGGGUUUCUAUUUCUUUUGUUCAAAAGCAUUUUCUCGGAUAAUUUUCUCUGUUAUUUUUAAGAGCAUCCAAUCAUCAACUUGUUGACCGAAAGAAUCAAACUGAAAUUACUUUCUAAGCUUUUAUUUCUGAAUUCAAAUUUUGCACAAAGGCUGGGUUAUCGUAACCCAGCUUUGAACAACUCGGCCCUGGGUAACAACAAUAGGGAGUUUUUGCAACGGCGACGGCGCGAACAGCAAAAAAAAAGUAGGGUUAGAUUGGCAAAAAAAACAUCUUUGCACUUGUAUCACGUUUUUUUGUACAUUUCUUAGCCGUUGUUGCACGACCGCGACAUGAAACUUCCUAAUUUCACGCGCCCGCUUUAUGGAGUAGGUGAGCACAACACAAAAAUUUUGUUUAUCUUUUUCUAAACUUACAUACGGUCCUUUCGUAUUCAACCCAGAAAAUUUCGCCAACAUGUGACAAAUUAAAUGAAAUUACAUAUAAGAUCGAUGAAGUUUGAAACAGUGCGAAUCCACUUUUUAAGUGACGUUUUGGUUUGUUGUCAUCUAAAAAUUUUGCUACCAUGGCAACGUGACGUAACGACUUCUCCUCUCCAUUCUGAAAAGUUUAAAGCGUCAAAGAAACAAUGUACAGUCAAACGGCACUGAGGGGGGGGGGGGGGGGGGAAAAAAAAGGUUUCCCUACCAGGGGGGUGCCGUUUUUGGGGGGGUAAAAUUAAGAAAAAGGGGGGUUUUUUUUUCAGAGGAAAAAAAACAAACUGGCGAAAAGAGUGGGUGCUCGGUUUGGAGGGGUUUUUGACAACGGGGUUUUUCACGCAAAUUUGAUUUNNNAAAAAAAAAAAGAUAGUAAAUGAGACACGAAAGUAUAAGUGUAGCAUUUUUGUUUUUUUUUGUUGUUUUUGUUUUUGUCUAAUUAAAAAGUUUCGCGCCGGAGGAACCGUGAAGAACCCCUUCCUCUCUAAAAUUAAAAAAAAAAAAAAGCAGAAAAAAAAAAUGGAGCAGGGAGGGGGGGGGGGGGGGGGGGGGGGGGGCGGCAAAAAAAGUGUUCCUAUCAACGGUGUGUCCGUAUUAAGCGAGUUGAAUUUAGAGAAAGUGAGGGCUUUUUUUCGACAGAGACAAAGCAAACUGUCCGUAAGAAUGAGGUGUCCGUAUUGAGCGGGUGUCUGUAACGCGGUGUUUGACUCGAAAUUGAAAUUUAAGGAUAAAAUUGAAUAAUUGGCAACAUACAAACGUACUAGAUAUGGAAAUUCAAGAACAGUUAUUUUAUGGAGAAAAUGCAGAUCUAAAUUUUAAUCCCUUUGCAUAGUUACGCGCCUUUAACAAAAACGAUCCUUGAAAGCACAUUUCUAGCCUACUGCACUUACUCCGUCAAUAAUUCGUGAAAUAUGAGGGUGUUGUCUCUUUAUUAUUUGAGUCCCUUUUUCCUUAGUCUGUAGUUGCGACCACGUGUUUGGGUGUGAACCACGCCCUGUUUUCCCAGCGUUCGUUUGAUUACUGCAUAGUCGACGAAGCUUCGCAGAUCACGCAGCCUGUAUGUAUUGGGCCUCUCAGACGAGCUCGUGUCUUCAUUUUAGUAGGAGAUCAUUAUCAGUUACCGCCAUUGGUACAAAGUGUAGAGGCCAGGUAACUUGAAAGUAAUUACCGUCUGGUCAGGAGCCCAUAAGCCCGAGCGAGCAACUCCCAUACUAGGCCUAUGUGACGGAGUUUUCACGGACCGGUUUUUUUUAGAUACAUUCUAGAGCACUUUUUCCCGCCAAAAUGGAGGCUUCGCUCCGUUCAUGAGCGCAUUAUAAUUAUAAGAUGCGACAAUGGAAAACUAAACGUCACUAAAAGGCCAAAAAUGUCAUUUUCAGGGGUUUUGGUUUUGCUGACUGGUUUAUGGGAAGAUAUUCGAAAUUCGCGCGAGAGCCGUUCUAAAAAUAAAUUGGUCAGUGAAAAUGCCGUGACACGAGUAUAUGGGAGGUGCUCUCCCGGGUUAUAAGCUCCGGUUACUUCUGUCCUUAUAGAUUUCAUGCAUGUGAAGUAAGGAGAUUCAAGAUCGUGUUUUAUAAGCAUGUGUUAAAGAAGAAAAUAUAGACGGAUAAGGUCGGCGUAGAUUAUAGUGGUUUAAAAGUUGCGCACCGCCAUUUUGCGCAGACAGGUCUCAUGAAAGGUCAACCUAAAGAAACUGAACUAUGCGUAGAAGUUAAUAAUUAUCAUAUACCUCGCCUUCAAAGGCGUCAAGCAAUCUUACGACAUUAUUGUCGUUGCCUUCGAACAUAUUGUCCAUAUUCUUUUUCUUUAAAACUACAUUCAGCUGUUUUGAAUGAAGCUUGUUUGUUCGACAGAGAAGGGGGAAUGGACGUGAGUUUGUUCAAACGUCUCUCUGAGCGGCAUCCCCAUGCGGUUGUCAGCUUGGAGCAUCAGUACCGAAUGAACCAGGACAUCAUGGAGCUGUCCAAUACUCUGAUAUAUGAGAACAGGCUCAAGUGUGGCACAGAACGUGUGGCACGUGCUGUGUUAGAACUACCUGAGUGGGAUGAGCUGCUCAGUUAUAUCAAGGAAAACACCACAGGUAAGACACGUUUAUGUUUUGAAUGCCCUGGAAAUAUAGUAAAUACCUUCUAUAACGGAUACUAUAUGUUGUUCCCCCCCUCCCUUCAUUUACAGCUGAUGACACUCAAUGCUGUAACUGAAGGCUUUCAAAGAAGGACACUUCUCUGAAGUCGGACACUUCUCUUUAGUUGCCAAGUAUUGUAUUUUAGUUGUAAGUUUUUCUAACUAACCUUUUCUUUCUUGAUCUAAUUGUAUUGUAAUUAUUUUAGUUAAAGCCUUCUUCUAUUCCUGUAAAUUCUUCACGUCUUUUUUUUGCUGACCUCAGGCCAUUUAAGCCCCCGGCUUUGGCUGUUCUUGUGUAUUUUUUUCUUCCAGGAAAUGAUUAAUUAAACGUAUUAUUUAUUUAUUAUUAAAAGCAGAAACCUAAAGUAGGCCCUUUGCAGCUUUAGAGUCACAUGGUAUAAAAACACCUGAAGAGCAAGCGGUCCAAAGCAGGGACCUUUAAAAAAAGAAUUUAGCUUUUUUUCUUGUCCCACCACGUUUCAUACCAUUAAGCAAGAGGUUAUUCAGAGUACAAAGAAAGUCAGUUUUACAGGUUGCCCAAAUGGCAAGCUGCAACUAGCAUGCACCAGCCCAACAGUCAUUCCAACGAGCCGAAAAAAAAAGAUGAGCAUUGCAGUUCUUUUGUAAUUUGAACUCCACCCAAAACUUCAUUUUUUCGUCUGGCAAGUUAAAAACAGAAUUCACUAGCCCGAUAGCAAAAUCUACUAGCCGCGGGCUAUCGGGCACCAGUUACGCUGUUAUUGUACCCUUCGACAGUCUAGCUACUAAUCACCCCUUUUUUUUCAACUAACUUCAUUCGCUUCUUUUCCGCGCGGCUCUCUAAACGACGGGUAGCAAAAAUUGUACCUCGAUGACCUUUUUUCACAGUAACUGAGCUCUAUGGAAAACAGGCACGCACCUUUAUCUGUUAGUCGCAAGGCUUUAGAAUCGAAAGAGAGUUCACCUGUGACCAUCUUUAUCUCCAGAUACCUGGCUUCUUGAUGCUCUUACACCAAGUUGCCCUGUAGUGUUUCUAGACACCGACCAAGUUCCCGCACCGGAAUCACGCUCCGAGCACCUUGUAUCCAACGAGACAGAGGCCUUGUUAGUACAUCAACUGGCCUGUGGACUCUUAAAAGGUGGCCUACAGCCUGCAACAUUGGGAAUCAUCUCUCCUUACAGGCACCAGCUGAAGCUUAUCUCACAAGUGGUCCACAGGGACACGAAACAGCAGCAAAUUGAAAUCAACACCGUUGAUAAAUACCAGGGUCGCGACAAGUCCUGCAUUAUCGUUUCCUUGGUGCGCAGUAACGAGCAUUGUAAUGUCGGAGAUCUCUUGAGAGACUGGCGCCGAGUAAACGUUGCUGUAACCCGUGCCAAGAGGAAGCUCAUUCUGAUUGGUUCGCUGAGUACGCUAAAGGGAAGUUUGCUAUUGCAGGAGCUUUUCGACCUUUUGGAGAGAAAGGGCUGGGUACGGAUACUUCCUCGCGGUGCGCACAAUUUGAUGGAGUUUAUGGGAACCUCGUCCCAGGCUACUCCAGUCAAGAGCUUAGAAACAUCGAGGAUUCGCUUCUAA